AUCCUUUCUCUUCUUCCAGUGCCGUUCUCUGCUUUACGCACUUUGACUUAGUACAUAUCUGAGCGCGUUUUACUCUUCCAUUAUGUCGACAUGGACGCCCCAGCUAGCUGGUUUGGCAGAAAUUCUCCAAACCAUCCACGAGUCCACCGACAUGGCCCAGUCGGUGCAACGAAAUAUCACCCAAAAACUCAAUAGCUUUACGCGUGUACCCGACUAUAUCGCUUACCUUGCUCAUAUCCUAUGCUGGAUGCGGGAAGAGGAAGAGCGAAUUCGAAGCAUCGCUGGCUAUCUUCUCAAGAAUAACUCGCGCCUUAUUCUCUCGUCUUCACCAGAGGUGGCCGCCUACGUCAAGAAUGCCGUUCUACAAGCAUUCACCGACUCAUCAAUCAUGAUACGGAACACUGCUGGGCAAGACGUUGUAGCAUUCCUCGGCGUACUGGAACCCAAGAAUUGGCCGGAGUGUCUGCAGCAGCUUGUAGGGAUGCUGGAUAUGCCUGAUCUUGACAAGCAAGAGGCUGCUUUCAAUGUCCUUGAAAAGGCUUGUGAAGAUUACCCCCGAAAAAUGGAUGUCGAAAUAAAUGGAGCACGGCCGCUUGACUACAUGAUUCCCAAAUUUCUAAUCCUCGCUGAUCACCAGUCGUCCAAGAUGCGCUCACAUGCUGUCGCUUGCCUAUCUUACUUUGUCCCUGCCAAUUGCCAAUCAUUGUUCGUCCACCUAGAUGCUUUCAUAGCGUGUCUCUUCCGCCGCGCCUCGGACGAUGACCCUUCAGUUCGACGCCACGUCUGCCAAGCGCUCGUUCUUCUCCUUGCCGCACGGCCCGAACGGUUAAUGCCCGAGAUGAACAACGUAGCCGAAUAUAUGCUAUAUUCUACCAAAGACCAGAACGAGAACGUCGCACUGGAGGCAUGCGAGUUCUGGCUUACGUUUGCCGAGGACGCUGAACUAUCCAUCUACCUGCACCCUCUUCUCGGAAAGGUCGCUCCGGUUCUGUUGGAUUGUAUGAUCUAUGGCGAAGAUGAUUUGUUGUGGUUGGACGGUGAUGCAGAAGACGAAGCCGUGCCAGAUAAGGAGAGCGAUAUCAAGCCUCGCCACUAUGGUAGCAAGUCCCACGGUUUGGAGAGGGAUGUUAACGGAGAGCCCCCGAAGGCACGAAUAGGCGCAUACGGGGAAGAGACUUAUGACGACGACGACGACGACUUCGAUUACGACGAUGAAGACUACGCCGACGACAUGUCCACCGAAUGGAACUUGCGAAAGUGUGCCGCUGCCGCUCUCGAUGUUCUCGCUGUCCGAUUUACCGGUGAUCUUCUCAAUGUUCUCCUGGGUCCAUUGAAAGAAAAGCUCUGGAGCAGUGAUUGGCUGCAGAGGGAGAGCGGAAUUCUCGCUCUGGGAGCAAUGGCCGAAGGCUGCAUAGAAGCCAUCGAACCUCACUUGCCCACACUAGUGCCGUAUCUCAUUAACAUGCUCAAUGAUCCAAAGCCUUUGGUUCGAUCAAUCACCUGCUGGUCGCUCGGGCGCUAUGCGAGCUGGACCACCCAACCAAUUUCUGAGGAGCAUAAGGCUCAGUAUUUCAUCCCGACUAUGGAAGGACUCCUCCGGAUGGUCUUGGAUAGCAACAAGCGCGUGCAGGAAGCUGGUUGCAGCGCUUUUGCGACCCUCGAAGAAGAUGCUGGUCCCGAAUUGGCCCCAUACCUCGAGCCUGUACUGAGGAACCUCGUCUUUGCGUUCGAUAAGUACCAACAUAAGAAUAUGCUCAUACUAUACGAUGCGGUCGGAACUCUUGCCGACGCCGUUGGCCGUGCUCUUUCGGAUCCUAUGUAUGUUGAGAUUCUGAUGCCACCCCUGACGAACCGGUGGUCGAAGCUCAAGGAUGACGACCCUGACCUUAUUCCAUUACUCGAGUGUCUUGCAUCAGUCACCAUCGCGAUGGGCAUGUCCUUCCAUCCUUAUGCUGGUCCUGUCUUCGAGCGGUGCAAUAACAUCAUUCACCAUUCACUGCUCCAAUACCAAGCCUUCCAACAGAACCCCGAAAUGGAUGAGCCAGAUAAAUCAUUCCUUGUCGUCGCGCUUGAUCUUCUUUCCGGCCUUACGCAAGGGCUCGGCAUGUCCUUGGAGGGUCUGAUAAACCAGACACAGCCAAAUCUGUUGUCGCUGUUGACGGUUUGUUUGAAGCAUCCUCAGGCGCCCGUACGACAGUCCGCGUACGCGCUGGUCGGAGAUAUGGCUAUGGGCUGCUUUACCGUCCUCCGACCGCAUAUGCCCGGCAUCAUGGGUGAACUGAUACUACAACUCGAUCCUGAACCCAAGUUUGAAUUUAUCAGUGCUUCGAACAACGCUGCUUGGUCUGUUGGUGAAGUCGCGCUGCGCUACGGACGGAACGACCCUGAAUUCCAACAAUGGGUGAAUCCCCUGAUUUCAAGACUGGUUCCGAUUUUGCUGCACCCGAAGGCGCCAAGGAGCUUGCACGAAAAUGCAGCAGUGUCGAUAGGACGAAUUGGGUUGAUGCACCCGACUCUUGUUGCGCCACACUUGGCUGAGUUUGCGCAAGCGUGGUGUCAGGCAUUGUAUGAGAUCCGAGAUAACGAGGAGAAAGAUUCGGCGUUCCGAGGGCUUUGCACGAUGGUCGAAGUUAAUCCUGCAGGAAUUGCGAAGAGUCUCUUGUGGUUCUGCAAUUCAAUAGUGAGAUGGAAUGCGCCAUCACCGGAACUGAAUAAUAUGUUCCAGACGAUACUGACGGCGUUCAAGCAGCAUGACGCGACAGGGUGGGCUGCCCAAGUUGGUGCGUUCCCACCGAUCAUCCAAGAACGGCUGGCCACACGCUACGGCGUGUAAUACGGAAUAUACGCACAUGUUUCUUCUCUGUCUAUGUCCUCGCCUCUUGCCUGUGGAUUCCCCUUUUAGUAGCAGUAGUAUUUUUUCGUAGUGUAGUCAAUAUCUUUCGUAGCAGUAGUCAUUUCCUCCUCCUCUCGUGUCUUGUCUCCCUCCGUCAUCCUCUUCUGGAUGUUUGUGCAUAUAGCCCUCACCCGCUGCAUUUUGUCUUUUUUUUGCUUUUUUUUUGCAUAUCUGUCACUUUUUCUACGUAGCAUUAGGUAGUCAGUAGUAUAGCUUUCUGAGACCACAUCCAAAGGCAUCAAAUUAAAUCAUGAUCACGAAUCCGACCGACAACGUUACAAUUAAAAAUAUGUAUCUCAAUUUGCUUGCUGUUUUUAUAUGUAGAAGAAAUACAUAG